AAGCUCGAUGAUGCUGCAAGAGAAAAAGAGAAAGAGCUUCGCCAGAAAAGGGUGAGAUCUCUCUUGACACAGAUUUAUAGUGUGUGUUGUUAAACAAUUCGACUUAAACACUUUGGUCCUUUCUGCUUAUAGAUCGAUACCGCCGUCAAGUUUUUGAAAAAUCCAAAAGUACAGCAGACACCUUUAUCGCGAAGAAGAGCUUUUCUCGAAAAGAAAGGUAUACAUUGAAUCGUUAAGCAACAUAAGUUUAAAAUUAAUGUAGGAACGCUGAACUAGAAAAUUAUUUACAGUGUCCAAAGUCUAAACGUUAAACGUUUAGACUUCGAUCUUUGAUAACUUACCUUGUAAGCAGAGGCCUUUUGAUCUUCCUAGAUCAACUCACCACUGUUUAGAAAGAAAAGAGAAUAAAUGAAUUUAGGAGAACGAAACUUCAUGAACAGUUCCCCUGCGCUCGAGCUGUUAUAAGGGCAAUCUAUCUUCUUUUGCUGGCAUUUUUGCUGCAUGCACCUUUUCAGUUUAAAAGAUGUGUGAAUUAAAUCGCAGGUUUAAAGAAAGAUGAAAUUGAAGAGGCUAUCAGAAUAUCUGGCACACCAUUAAAUGAGGUUAGUGCUGGAUAGAAACUGGUCAUUUCGAUUUAAUACAAACUUAGCAGUGAAACUGAACAACAAUUUUGGUCACUUAAAUUUUAUUAUAUUUAGCACGUGAACAAGAAGCUAUAUUCACUAUUGUGUGAAUAUUCCUUGUUCUAAAAGCCAACUAUGCAGAAUUAUUUUCACCUAAAAAACAACACAAGUAAGCAUAGCUGUUAACUGCAAAUUCAACAUUUGAGCAUGAACCCAUGAAUGUUUGUGACCAGACGAUGGCUACAUGUAUGGGUCCUAAUGGAUUUAGUCAUUUGACGCAUUUGCUUGAGCAUAACUGUGCCUUGAUUAAUCACCUCCCUCAAAUAAUUAAUAAUACGAUAUACAAACAUGAUUUUUUAUUUCUUGCUUCAGAAUCCUGAACCUAUCUCUCCCCCAGUCCCCCCACAAGGGGAGGGUAGAAACCGACAAAUUGCAAGGUAUGAAAAAAAUGUUUUAUGAUUGCUUGUUUAGUUAAGCAGGCUUGAUUUUUUUUAAACUUACUUUUUACUGUUAGCAUCAAUUUUCAAACAAUAUUGCUUGAACUAAUGAUCUAUUACAAAUGUACAUGUACAUUAAUUAUUACAGGAUAAUACAACCCAUAGUAUGACAAGUGGUCAGACUGGAAAUAAAAUCUGGAUUUCCUGGGUUCAGUUCCUUCUUCGGGCAUUAAGAAAGUGGAAUUGCUUCUGUUCAAUAGAAAAAAAAUAAACCACUACUAUAAAAUUGUUAUUCUAAUCUUCCUGCUUCCAGCUGGGAUUUUUAAACCCAUUUAGUUUCAGAAGGAAUUUUUGUUUUUGAUUUUGUUAAUCUCUAUCCCUACAAAACCCUUUGCAAGAAGAGGAUAAAAAAUACUUUAUCCUCCCAAAACCCAAUAUUCGGUUUUGGGUAUUGUGAAAGUAAACUGUUCAAGACAAAAGCACAAAAAAAAACCCUGGUGGGUUGCCUCUGUGUAAAAUGUGAUGUGUCAAGUCUGAAGAGUAAAAUGGUAGUUGUUACUUGGAAUGUUGUUGCAGGUCAAAAUUAAAUUCAGGUGAAAAUUUUUUAACCUACGCUGAUUCUCCAGUUCCUUUGUCUCCUGAUCCUAAAUAUUCGUGAAUUAGGCCUAGCAGACAAGGGAAGUUGAGAAUCAACCCAGGUUAAAAAAAUUUUAACUUGACUAGAAUUUUGACCUGUAACAAACAGGGCUUCUGAUAUUUCACGUGGUCGCGGAGCCGCGAAAUUCCGGUAAAUCCGCAAAAUCCCGCAAAAUUCGGUAGAAAUCUUAUCAAACACAUGUCUGUACAACAUAUUUGAAACUUAUUUCAGCUAUUGGGGCUAUUUACUUGCCGUAAACUUGCAAAUUUAUCUUAGAACUUCGUCACUGAAAUGUGCGAACAACAUCCCGAAACUACUAGGAGUAGAUUAUGUUGCGAAAAACUGGGCACUAGCCAUGAUUUCUGGAGCGUAUUGUUGUUGAAAGAGCAAAUGAUGAUCUCUGUUAGAAAAACGUUAAAAAACGCUGGUCUGAUCAGUGCAAAACCGAUUGAUUUUUAGCAAAAUUUACCUUGAAAAGAACCACAAAAUCGGCCGUUUUUUACCGAUUGCCUUUUGGUGUAGUUUGCCCCGAAAACUCCCGCGAAAUUACCGCGAAAUUGGCCGAUUUUUCCUCGAAUUUGUUCCUAAAAAUCCCGUGAAAUUUGAGUUUUUCUUCCGCGAAUUAUCAGAAGCCCAGAACAAAGUUACAAAGAUCUCUCUCUAACUGGUUAUUCCACGGAAUCUUUCAAGUCCUAGUAUUCCAACAUGUCUUGUAGCUGGUAAAAAUUGUUGUGUAUGUCCCUUUCUCAUUGCCUUCUUAGUCGUUCUCGAGGAAGAGAAGAGAAAACAGUGUAGGUUGAUAAUAGAAAGAAAGAGUGUACAGAGAACAGAAAAAAAGCGAAUGGGAAAAGUAGAAGAGCUCUUCUUCAUUUUAAAUUUUUUCCUCCAAGAUGGUCUUCACCAAACCCUCCCUUCUUUUUAGAUAUAAGUCCUGAAAUGUUUAAAAAACAAAAUCUUUUGGGUCACUUUAACGUUACAUGUAUGCUUUUCUGUUUUCCUGCUAGUUAUAUACCACCCCAACAACCUGUUCCAUGGAGAAGCUAUGUAGGAGCUGCUAUAUUAGGAGGAGGAAUUGGAUAUACUCUGGCUCAUCUUUUCAAGGUAAAAAAAGUAAAAGUACAAUACACUGUACAACUGUAUACAUGUUAAACUUGCCUUAUUUAAAAUUGUUAAGAUAUUUUUAGCACAAAUUUGCUGUGCUGUGCACAAGCACUAGUCACCCCCGCCUUAAGACGAGACCACCAUUUCUAUCUGCUUUUCAGAGCCAUGUGAAGGUCGAGACAUUUGCAGGGCAGAGGCUUUUAUGUACAUGUUCCUAUUUCUCAGUCAUUUUAAGACCCUGGGUAUUGAUCCAACCCCUGGGAAUUGAACUCAGGCUCUCCUGCUCUUCAGAAUGGCACUUUACGAACACCCCUAACCCUACCACGGCAAAAUAAGAUGGGCUUACUGUGGCUCACCAUCUUAUGGUACACUAUAAUGUACUUCACAUGAUGUACUUUAAUGCAGGACAGUGCAAGCAGAGGAUAUUGAACAUGCUGUGGCUUUAAUAUUGAUUAAUAAGAAAAUAGGCGAUGUUUAGGUAUUGUGUGGAAUGCUGUGCCAUCUUGUACACACUACAUGUAGCUUCUUUGAGGCUUUUUGUUUUAACUAAAUGAUUUCAUGUUGCCCUGCAUCUGCUUAGCACAGAGUCUAAAUGUUGUAAAAAGAAAAAAAAAGUGGCACAUGAGCCACAGGUGAAUGUGUCACUGAUCUUUUUUCAUCCAAGUGUCUGUAUUCCAAUAGAUUAUGGGCAGUGACCAAUCACAGCGUGUGUAAUAUUCACCACAUUGCAUUAUCAGUUACACAACAUACUUCCUGUAGUGUCCUCUAAUGUCUCACUACCUUUUUCUCUUUAAUAGCUGGCAGUGAGUUCAUUUCUAUUUGUAUUUAAAUAUUCUUUAAGCACCAUUUUAAUGUUUAUGAUCUGCACUUGUUACUAGUAUCACUUAACAACUGCCAACUGCCCUGAUGCCAGAUAAGUUCAUUUAUUUCUGACUACUUUUUUGAUCACAGUCACAUGUAAACAUUAAAUAAAAGGUUUGUUAUUUUCCCUUUUUAGACAUUUAUAUUGCCAUACAUUUAUGAUAAGAAAAGUAGGGAAGAGGAGAAACUAGAGAUGAUUGAAACAGCUGUCACAGAUCUCAAGGGAAACAUAGCUGACACAGGUAAAUAAUGGCCGCACCUGUAGGCCUUGUAGGGGUGUGUGUGGCUGAGUGAGUGGGGUGUGUGUGGCUGUGUUGUUUUCUUAGACAAGGAAUUUUACUCCACUUUGUCUCCGCCGCCUUCACCCAGGUGUAUAAAAAUUAAUUAGUGGGUACUGGUGACACACACUGCUGGGUAUAACCCCGCCAUGGACUAGCAUCGCGUCCAGGGGGGUGGGACGGAGUAGCAAUACUCUUAGGCAUGCUACCUGCUACGGAAACCGGGAUAAGCUCCAGCUUUGGCUCAUGUGUGCUUUUACCUUCUUACAUGUACAUUAUUAUGUACCUUACAUGUAGCCGAUAAAAGAUAGGAAUCAUGAAUUUUAAUUGUUUAUUACACUUUAUUACCUUUUAAAAACAAGAUCCACCCAGCAAAAAUUGCACAAACAGAUGGUAUCUUAAAAUAACACUAAGAUUUUGUUUUCAGUAUCUGCAACUUUGAUCACCUGCAAGUUUCAAAUUUCAACUUAAUGUCCAAAGAACAUGUUUAAGAAUUUCAAACUUGUAAAAGCACAAUAGGGUAUUUCAUUUGCUGUCAAUUUUCUCAUGACUGUUAAACAAUGCAAAUAAUAAUUUCAACAACCGACUGCGAACAACAUGCGAGGGCAUAAUAAUGAUAAUAAUAAUUUAUAAUAAUAAUAAUGAUGAUAAAAGAACAAAACUAACCACUCUUUAAUUUGUUGUCUUAUUUUUAGUUCAAAAAAGCUUAGAUUCUGUUCAGGUGAGUGAUGGUACUUCCUGCAAUGUUUUGUUUUUCCUUGAGUACACAAUAGUGUCAAUAGUGGCAUAGAUUAGAUGUCCAUUUGUUUUUCAUAGGGUCUGUUGGAACAGCAGCAGAACAAACUUCACAGUUUGGCUCUUGACCUAGCUUCUACACAGGUACAUGUCAAGGGGCGAAAGUGGGGGUUGCAACUCAACCUUUUCACUCCUAGACUAAAGGUGAUGUUAUGCGAGAUGGUUAGCAACAACUAGUUUUAGCGCAACACAGCGUUAGAAUGUUGGAACAAUGUUGUAACCAUUCAAAACAAUGUCGCAGCAAUGUUGCAAUGCUGCAUUGCGCUAAAAAUCGUCGUUGUGAAUCGUCUUGUGUAACAUCACCAUAACUUGUAAUCCUAUGGUGUUGCUAUUCAAGUGAAUCCUUUUUCACAAAACAAUUGCACAGCACAAAGAAGAUGAGUGGACCAGAUGACAUUUUUGCAUGCAUGGAGCCCUCUUAUGGAGACUGCUACUCAUAUUAGUAGUAGCAGCACACUAUGUUGACACUUUGUAAGAGGGAGUGUAAGUGUCCUAAGCUUCGGAAAUUUCUUGGGAUUUUGAGGGACACUGCCGACACCGAUGCUUUCUUUUUCCUUGGUGUAUUACAAAAUGGAAUUUGUCAUUUUACUCCUCCAAGCGUCCUCCUCCUGUUUCUCUUCUGCAUUAUCAUCAUCAUCAUCAUUAGAUAAAAUCAUAAAUAAGUAAACAGAAAAAACGUCAAUCUACGACCCUCUUCUGCUCUGCACACCUAAUAACAACAGAUACCUAGUCCUUUUGAAGCAAAUACCGCAUUAUACAUUUUUUUCUAUUGAAUCUGUUCUUGUCAUAGUCAAAGGUUGCCUUGUUACCAUCUGAGAGCUACACUGUUGGCGAUUUAAAGGGCGAAAUACUUUCACUCAAAGGACUUCUAUUAAACAGGUAAAUAUGAAAGUAGAGCUGUACAUACAGUAUUUGCGAGCAGGGGAUGUUUGUGUUUCUAUAUUUGUUUUAAUUUGAUUUAAUUUGUAAUUUGUAACUUGUAAAGAAGAUCAACAAACUCUACGUUGUUGUUGUGAUCGAAAAAAAGAACUGGAACAAGUUGCUCACAUACAGCGAAAAUCCUGGCUGAGUGGGUGGCGGAGAGGGCUUGGUUCACUAGAUCCCAGUCCUCAUUCCUGAUUAUUUAUGUCCUUCUUAGUGGGUUUCAGUUCUCGCUCAUUCUAAUUUACUUCCGCUAUGAUCAUCAUGUGAAUACCUAUUCGGUAUGGUUUGCGUCCGGCGUAAGAGCUACUGAACGUGGACGGCUUAACGUUCCGGAGUUGUGACGUUUCGAUACAAAGUCGUUUCGAUACGAACUCAAGCAGUGAUAUUGUACAAGAAAUUCGAUCAAUUCAAGUUUUAAAGUUUUCGGGUGAACAUGAAAAACAUUUUUGGUGAAUAUUCUUUGUUCUUUAAGCCGAGUACGUCGAACUAUUUACACGUAAACUAAAAAAACUUGUAUCGAAACGACCGUAAACAAACGUUCCAAUUUUCGUUCGCGUUCAAAUCCCGCAAAACUAUUCACCACUGGUUGUGACUAGAAUAGAGCUAACCCCAAAAUUAAAUCAGGCUUUAAUUGUCUCUUGAAAUGCCUGAAAAAGUCUGUAAUGUAAAGUAGCAAAUAAAAGGUGGAAGUAAAAGGAAAAAAACAAAGUAUGUCAGGCUUAAACCCGAAACUUUUCAUUCACAAUCUACAUCCUUAUCCACUACGCCAUCAAGGGCCAACUGCCCACGCCGCUUAUUUUUAAGGCUGUUCACAUGGUAUUGCCCAUUACAUUAUUUGAAAGUUAACCGUUUCAAAGUUCAGUGCUGGCCCUUAGCCCGAUGACUAACCCUAUAGUCAACUGUUUUUCUAUAUGUGGCGCUUAAAGUGUCUCUCUGAUUUUUUUUCUGUUUUCUACGUAAAUCUGCCUAGUAACUGGUUCUUCGUAUUGGGUUUUGUGCUAAUCAUUAGGUGUCCCAUAUGAGUUACGUCGAACGGAACCCCAUACCUAAGAAAAUGUGGUGAUCUAUCCAUAUAAGAAAUUUUGGUAACCACGUCACCAUGCGCUCGCCAGUUUGCACCACAGGGAAACCAAUGUAAAAUGACAAACUUACUAGUUAGUGUGGGAACCUGUUACCUGUGUUUAACUCGAUAAUGGACAUCCAUAUUUUGGUCAAUUGACAGCUGUCAAAAAGAGUAUCGCUGACCAUGGUCACAUGACCGUAUCAGGGGUUCAAAUGCCAACUCAUCGAGGUCACGUGUUUUUUUAAGGUUUCCGUUGGCCAGUUGUUAGCUUUUAAUUGAUCGCAGGCUUAAGACUAAGUUUAGAUUUGAGGACUUCUUUAUUGUCCUCAUUGUGUUUUACACAGAAAACAGUUCCCGUCCCCCAUGAUCGGCUCUACCCCAGCACCUCCCAGCAUUCCAUCGUGGCAGCGGACAGUAACAUCAACUGAAAGAACAAGAACAACGUCUUCUUUGACUGACUCUGAAACAGCUGGUACUACUGAACUGUCAGGCAGCAAAGAUACGCCCGCUAGCAAGGUCUCCUCGCUGGAGUUUAGCAGUAUGAAUGGUAAGUACACGUGUUUUGUUUGUGAGUGUUAAAUUUUAGUUUCGUCUUUGGCUUCAUUAAGGUUUUGCGCGGAAAUAUGCUCGCGUACAUAGGUCACUGCUACCUUUGCUUUGAGCUUUUGCGCGGGAAUACACUUGCAUGCAAUUGACUGUUUGGUUGUUUACCAUUUACAAAAUGUCUCCGUUUACGUGUCGUUUCAAAGGAAAAUUUCGAGGAGCAACGGAACAUCUAAAAGGGCCUGUUUUUCCGGACGGAAUAUUCCAAAAGAAAAUUUAUAAAACCCAUGGCAUCUUUGAUACCAGUUUCAGGCUUUUGCGGCCGUUUCUUGGUAAAAGGGACUUAUUUUGCAAAUGGUAAACACGAAUUCACUAGUGCUGAAUUUUUUCUUACCAUUUAACCAUAAAUCGGUUCGCCCAUGUAAAUAGUUAACAACCUGGGCUUUGGUUUGACUCUUUUGCUUCUCAUUGGUUCAUACUUGGAUCGAAUUUUUAGUUAAUCAGGGGCACCCAACGUCAAUUUUCGGAAAAUAUCUGUCCGAGCAGAUGAAAAAUUUUUAGGGGAUGAAAAUAUGCCUAUAUCUACCGUUUAAAUACUAAAAUACUUUUAACAAUGCUAUGUUUAAGUGGUUUUGAACUAUAUUCUCGUUGGGUGCCCCUGGUUAAUCGCAAACGCACCAAUACAUGUUUGCUUGUAUUCUCCCAUUUAUCGUAGGUGAAUCUUCAAACCAUUCCGGUAAUGGAGAAACAGAAGAAAGCGCCGAAAAACAAGAUAUCAUUUCCCUGGAGGACAGCCCUAAGGAACGAGGCAGUACAUCAAGCAGUGGAACGGAUACCGCCAAUACACCUCAAACGGUUGUCGGAGCUAAUGACAAAAGUCUAAACGAUGCCAUGCUAAAUGAUACAAGUGUAUCUGACACUAGUAUAUCGUCCAUGUCUGAGUUGUCAGGAAACACGUCCUUCCACGAGGCGUCUAUUGCGUUCUCUUCUACGUGUAUCAAAGCGCCAUCGGAGAUGACGUUACCGUCGGAUUCUGCU